AAACCUCACAAAAGAUUAUUAUUUGAAAAAAAAAAAAAAAAUCAAAUGGGAAAAAACUCAAGAAAUUUCCCUCCCACACCAUUCAUUACACCAUCUCUAGUUGCAACAUUGGUUGUGAUAGUUAUGGCUGCUCGACCGACAAUCGGCCAGUCGAGCUCCGCAUGCACCGGGCCCAUGAUUAGUAACUUUGGCCCGUGCGUAGCUUUCCUUGCAAGCGGCUCGAAUUUAUCGAGACCGAGUCCCGAUUGUUGCAACUCACUCAGAGAUCUCACGAGCAACGGACAAGAUUGUUUGUGCCUUAUUGUAACGGGAGGCGUCCCUUUUCAAGUCCCCCUUAACCGAAACUUGGCAAUCUCCCUUCCAAGGGCUUGUAGAAUGUCCGGUGUGCCCAUUGAGUGCAAAGCAACUGCCAGCCCUGUUCCGACUCCAGGAACCCCUGGCCAAGGUGGACCAAAUACAAUUCCCGGGUUAUCACCACCAAAUCCCACAGGUACAUUUAAUCCACAGCCCUUAACGCCACCAUCGUUAGUGCCGGAAGGUGGUGACGUGAUUCCGACCCUAACGCCGCCAGGAAUGCGGCCGACUUUGACCCCAUCGACUGCACGUUUGUCUCACGAUAAGACUUUGGCAUCUUCUCUUAUGGCACUAUUGUUGGGAAUCAUUCUCCUCAUCACAUGAUUUAUACAUAAACACACUUGUAAUUUCUAGGUUUUUGAUCAUGUUUGUAUAAAAUAUUCUUUGGGAUUGGAUGGAUUUUUAUUUUGUUAGGUGUGUGUUUGAUAUAAUUGAGUGGCAUUACUCUACAAGGAUGUGUUGUUAAAAGAUCAUGAAUUUGACUUUGG